AACGGGAGACUGCAGCGGCACAUCGCCCCGUCGGGAGACAGAAGCGCAACCAACAUCCGAGGAGGAAGAGGAGGAUCGGAGGAGAGAGAAGGACCACGUCUCACUCAGGGGAGUGUCCGAUAAGAACAAAGAGAGAGAGAGAAAGGGAAAAAAUAUGACAGAGCGAGUCCUGGGUUAACAGAUGGGAACUAAGAGGAGGUGGAUGUAACGCGGAGCUCGCUGGAAGGAAGGGAGGAAAGAAGGAGGAGAGGAAGAGGGACUCCCGGGCCGGCGGCUGCAGCCCACCACCCUUCAGCCAUGCCGCCUGUAUUCCGCUCUCUGCUGUUCGGCUUUCUAGCGCUGCUGGUUGUGCUUUUGAUAAUUGAUGAUAUUGCAGAAGUGGAAAAAGAAAGCGCAAAAAUUGGGCUCACGAAGAAAACCAACGUUCACCAGCUAGUUCCGAAACCUCACAGAAAGGCGGCAGCACACACAGAUCCGACUGCGAUAACAACAAUUGCCAAAUAUCCUCAUCCUCCAACCUGUAACGACACCACCAAACACCCGUCAAACAGUUGGGCCUUUAACAAGACGCUCUCCAACCUCAUCAGAAAGAAUAUUCUCAGAUUCCUCGACCCAGAGAGAGACAUCUCAAUUCUAAAGGGCACGCUGAAGCCAGGAGACAUCAUCCACUAUGUGUUUGAUCGUCAAAGCACCACAAACAUCUCGGAGAAUCUCUAUCGUCUGUUGCCAACCGCAUCGCCGAUGAAAAACCAGUAUCACAGGCGCUGCGCCAUCGUGGGGAAUUCUGGGAUCCUGCUGAACAGCAGCUGCGGACCAGAAAUCGACUCUCAUGAUUUUGUUAUCAGGUGCAACCUGGCCCCUGUGGAGGAGUAUUCUCAGGACGUGGGCCGGCGGACCAACCUGGUGACCAUGAACCCCUCGGUGGUGCAGCGGGCCUUCCAGGACCUGGUCAGCGACGAGUGGAAGGAUCGUUUCCUGCAGCGCCUGCAGAACCUCAGCGGCAGCGUGCUGUGGAUCCCGGCCUUCAUGGCGAAGGGCGGGGAGGAGCGUGUGGAGUGGGCCCUCCGCCUCAUCCUGGUGCAUACUGUGGACGUGCGCACGGCGUUCCCGUCGCUGCGUCUGCUCCACGCUGUCCGAGGGUACUGGCUCACCAACAAUGUUCACAUCAAGCGUCCCACCACUGGCCUCCUCAUGUACACGAUGGCCACUCGCUUCUGUGAGGAGAUCCACCUCUACGGCUUCUGGCCAUUUCCUCUCGGCCCACAGGGCAGGCCAGUGAAAUACCACUACUACGAUACUCUAAAGUACGAGUACACAUCCAGCUCCAGUCCUCACACCAUGCCCCUGGAGUUCAGGACCUUGAGCACUUUGCACAGACAGGGGGCGCUCCGGCUCCACACGGGAAGCUGUGAUCUGGACCGAGGAGCACAGAAAGAUCUCAGCUGAAGCCAUGAUUCUGACUGUGCAAAAUGUUAUUCUUGUUACUGCUUUUUCUGAUAAAACUUGAAGGAAGAACUGAAUGGGAACACUGUCAAUUACAGCCUUUUGUAUUGGCUCAUUAAGCGUAUUUUACCUUUAAUGAGAUUUCUAUGGCAACCGAUAUCUCUUGGGGGUUUAUUUGUGAGCUUCCACGAAUGCAGCAGAUGGUUUGUGUUUUAUACCUGGGGCUACAGGUUUGGAGAAGACACAAAAAUGGGCUAUUUUCCUGCUGUUUCAAAGAAAAUUGACUCUAAUUCCGUUUUAAAGUCAACUAUUUGUAUUGUAACACAGCAGGUACCUGUACACACAGGAAAAAUCUGUCACUUGUACCCUGCGGUGCUGAAUUUAUAAAAUACUGUUUGUAAAGGAGACAUUUAAAAAAAAAUGAAAGCAGAAGCAUGAUAGAAUGACUAAGAGGUCAUUUUAAUACCAAGUAGUUCAUAAUCUGAUGGGCUCCAUUAAAUCUAUGAUCUUAACUCUGGCAUGUCCACCGCAUGAUGAGCAGCUGCUUGGUGGCUCUUGCGAUGUCUCGUUGGGCCACAAGAUGGAAGCACUAAAUAAUCAGGGUCAAGAAUGUACAAAGUUCCAAUCUGAGCUGCUUAAUUUCUAUCAUUCUUAAAGAACCGGAAUUACUUUUAAUUUCUUUUUUGUGCUUUUCUAACUUCACAUAAAGCACCUUAAAUUCCAGUGAUCCCCAGUGAACUGGAGCCAACAUUUGAUGAGGUUGCCUUGAGAACCAAAUGACUGAAUGGAAGCAUGCGGUGUUUUGUGUACCUCCCGUGAGGAUAAAGUAGCAGUGUGCCAGCUGUUCACAUAUGAAUGUUUGCUCAGCCAACACUAAACUCAUUUUGCAGAGUUUCCUCGAAGUUUCUGCACUGGACAUGUGAGAUAUGUGAGUACAGGAAGUUGUUUGCUGUUAGGAAGGAGAGCUUAGCAUUUUAAAAAUGAAUGUAUCAGUGACUUUCUUACAGUAAGUGAAUUACAAGAAUGUGCUUUAAAUGAAUCUGUAACUGAAGAUGUUCAGUGCAAUAACCCUCAAACAAGGUAGAGCAUUGUGAUCUUGAGGUAGUGUUUUUUUUAAAUAGGGAUGUGACUUUUUCUUGUAUAGGGACUUUUGAUUAAUAUUAUACCAGUAUUUAUAGAGAAUGAUAGAUUUAUUAGCAUAUUUAAUUGUAGCUGACACUGUUCUGUGCCUAUAAUCAAAAAAUGCCAAUGCAUUAAAAGGACCACCUACCUACAUAUUUGUAAAUACAAAGUUUCAGGAUUCAUGACAAAAAAAGGUCUUGCAUACAGCUUUGGCCAGAAGCUAACAGAAACUGAUAAUCGGCAUGAAUGUCAGAUUAUUAUUAUUUAAACAGUUUUUUUCAGGGUGGAGUGAUUAUACAUCAUCCAACAAUGAUAAAAUAUAAUUAGGUGCACAUAUUAUUUUGGUUAUGGAUUUUCUCUAAUUCAUACAAGGUCAUAAGUAUACAUACUGGCUCAAAUAUAUGUAUAUACACCCACUAUUAUAUCAAUAAAAGCCCACCAAUCUGAAAACCCAAGAAGGUAUAGAAUGACUAAAUUCCUUUUUUAGCCAUCAGGAAACUUCUACAGUAGCUUAGCAGAAAGAAGAAUUUGUUUAUCUAACAAAUUCUGAAUUGUUCGAUAAACAAUUUGGAAUUGUUUAUCUAAAUCUAAUCAAGUCUAAAAUAAGUUACAUUUUAAAUCAAUUAAUUGGCUGAAGUUUAAGUCAUCCAAUAAGCUUAAUUUUUAUUAAGCUGGUGGUGCUUUAUUUAUUCCAAUACCAGUUUUGAUGUGUUUGUGUUUUAUACCUGGGACUACAGGUUUGGAGAAGACACAAAAAUGGGCUAUUUUCCUGCUGUUUCAAAGAAAAAUGACUGUAAUUCCAUUUUAAAGUCAACUAUUUGUAUUGUAACACAGCAGGUACCUGUAGACACAGGAAAAAUCUGUCACUUGUACCCUGCGGUGCUGAAUUUAUAAAAUACUGUUUGUAAAGGAGACAUUU